AUGGUCCUCGCAAAGAAGCACGUCCCCAUCGUCAAGAAGCGCACCAAGCGUUUCUGGCGCCACCAGUCCGACCGCUUCAAGUGCGUGCCGGAGUCAUGGCGCAAGCCCAAGGGUAUCGACAACCGCGUCCGUAGACGCUUCAAGGGCAACAUCCCCAUGCCCUCCAUCGGCUACGGUUCCAACAAGAAGACCAAGCACAUGAUGCCCUCCGGCCACAAGGCUUUCCUCGUCCACAACCCCAAGGACGUUGAGCUUCUGUUGAUGCACAACCGCACCUACGCCGCUGAGAUCGCCAGCGCCGUCUCCUCCCGCAAGCGCGUCGACAUCAUCGCCAAGGCCAAGGCUCUCGGCGUCAAGGUCACCAACCCCAAGGGCCGCGUCACCACCGAGGCUUAA